AAAAAUUAGAGGAAGAUUUAUUUCAUCAGUGUCAGUCGUGCAUUGCAGUACUUUUCUUCGCAGUUGUGCUGGAAUGUUAUUUAGGAUUCAGCAACGAACAAGAAAACGUCAUGUCCUCACCAGUUUCAUCUUCUUCUUCUGGGCCAGAAGUUCUUCGCGUGAAGAAUCGGCGUUGUGUGCCCUUAGAUUUUUUCGCGAGAGGGCGUCCAUGGCAAUUUCAUCAGCAAGCUUUUUCACGUGGGGCAAACAAUUACGGGUUUCCACGUUGCGGCCUUCACUACCAAAAUUCUUGACCUAUUCUCCAUUAGGACAGAAGUCAAGGAUCAUGAUCUGAAGCAUGUAAUUCAUUGCGCAACCUCUAAAACUAGCUUCCUGCCCAGGUUGUCCUACCCGGGGACUCGUGCGUCUUUGGCUUGCCGAUCUCUAUACUACAGCAUGGACCUUUCGCCGAUCGGGAAUCGACAGCUGCUUCUCCAAGUAGGAGUAGUUCGAUACCUCCGCUACUGUCCGUUACGACAACUAGAACGUCUUCCACUAAUGAUAGUCGUGCUCGUGAGCUAGCUCAUCCUGGGGGUGGUGCACCAUCGUCUCCGUCGAGAAGCGCACUACUGUCAAGUGCUGGUGCUUCUACCUUAAGAAAUGCGGUGCAUGACGAAGAUGCCGCAUCAGACAUCACUACUAGCACAAGGGACACCGAAACCAGCAACAGAGAGAAUCAGUCACCUACAGCUAGGAAUGGGCUGGCGGACCGCUUACUACCACCUGAGCCUUCCGACAACAACUCGAGUGGCGCAAAUACCGAUGCAGAAGAAGUCCCAACAGCGGCAGCGGAGCAGCCGGACAAUGCAACCCAGCCACCAGAAACGAUGCACACAUUCCUAAUUUGUGCAACCGCACCGGCUUCAGAAGUAAUUAUAAAUAUAUUUUCCAUUGUGAUUUAAAAAGCAUCAUGAUGAAGGUGGCACGAAGAUUACUGUGACAGAAACGAAUCUUGACGUGGUCGUGAAUAUGAUCAAUACUCCUUUUGAUGUAUAGCUAUGUAUAGGUUUACGAGCAACUACAUCUGCAACUCACAGAAAUAGCUAGUACAUCACAAGAGGCACCAUGAGAAUGUCAAGGGCGACAUGACAUACUACACUUGACGUCAUGAGAACAAUUAUAAUAUGCCCUUCUUCCGCUUCUUAGGUUUCAGCGCAAAUAUUGCGCCGGCGUCAAGUCGGCUACGGCCUCAUGGUCGUGAUGCAACAGCUCCUAGUUGCUGUGAUCGUCUCCGGGUACGACGUCGGAUCUUUUGCUGCCACGAAUAAUGCAGUGCAGGCUCUCAGUGGCAAAAAUGUUGGAGAUGCAAGUACUAGUACAACAGCAGAUCGAGCAGAUUCACUUCUCAGCCAAGACCGGUUUCGAAUGUUCACACUUCUCGGCUUGCUCCACUGUUGCUUUAUUGUCGGUGUUCGCACUACCACUACAGCGGUCGGGGUUUCUUUCGGUUCUGCUCUUAUUAAGGCUACUGGUGAAGCAUCCUCAACAACGGCAUCCUUGGCGUGUUGUUCAGGGGGAAAAGGGGCUUACGGAUGGGCUCAACAAGGAUGCGGCGUCGUAGCUCUAAUACUCCAGUGCCUGCUCGACUUGCUCGCGGAGCACUUGUUUUAGCGGUGUACAGGGUCGGCCUCUGUGCAUUUACCAUCUUGGCUCUUGGCUUUGGAUUUGUGGAAAUUAUGAUGCUGGAAGACGCUUAUGCAUAGCCCAUAGAUUUAGACUCGUUGAAGUCUGAGCAUGAGCUAGGCGAUCAUGUUGCAAUUUAGAAAAUACUAGAGAAGAUACUACUAACUAAAAAGUAGAUGCAAUUCCAAGAAUUUGCUUCAUCUAAGUGACCCUUGCUAGAUCUUGCGGUUCUGGCUUUCAACGUCCGUUUAGUGGUGGUCGACCUUCCCCGCAUACAUCCGACGCUAACGCAACCAGCACAGCUGUUUCUUCGAAAGUUUGCGACAUCGUCGUAGAAUAGAUACCUAAACGACCUAAACUAACCUCCUACCUGAAGGAUGUUGGAGCCACCAGACGAGAGGACGGAUAUUUUUGUUUCUCAGCAUCAUCCUCAUCGCGACUACAUUUUUGAAUGAUCUUGAUCGUGGUUUCAAACCCCAUCUUGCCCAGUAUGCGUAUGCUGUGCUACGGACUCCAGUACUCAUAGUACCACAGGACGAGGCGCCUCCUCUUGAUUUCCCCAUUCCUAACCUUGUUGAAUCGAGUCUAUCGCGCAGAUGAAAGGACUAAUAGAUAAAAAACUGUAAGUACUACCAAAUUGCUGCCGAUUCUGU